UUGCGCAUCAAACGUCGGGCCAAACUGAAUUAAAGAGAUUUUUGAUUUUAAUUUUCGAAAAAAAAUCAUAUUCAUAAUAAAAUAAUAAUGUUAAAUAAUAAAAUGAAGUCAACACUAAUAGCAAUAUUAUUGCUUAUGUUAUUUGGUAUUAACCAAGCAACACCAACAAACAGAUCAAGCAAGCAUUACAGUGUACAAUUCUGCGCGGAUACGUACAGUGGGCGUCAGCUGUAUGUCGGCGAGAUCUUCACACGACCCGGUCAAUGCAUCCGUGUGCAAUGUCUGGGCACGUUGCAACUCUGGGAGGACAGCUGCAAAACGCCGGCUGGUCUAAAAGGAACUUGCGUCGCUUUGCCCGCAAGCGAUGCGAAUCUGGAUUAUCCGAAAUGUUGCCCACUGUACGAGUGCAAGACAUACGAAUCGAAUGCACGGGGGGAAGUGGAGCAAACGCAUACAUAUAAUCACAGUGGGAAAUUGAUUCAAACGAAUGUUGCUGAGGUGGUUUUCAUCAACAAGAAUCGGCGAAUCGGUUCAUCAGCUGAUAUACUCACUGCACCAGCACGCAAAUAUCAGGUGUAAAUAAAACCCAAAAAAAAAACUAGGGGUAUUCCUGUAACAGAUUAGGAUUCGAUUGUGUUUAUAUUUAUGCAAAUCUUUAUCAGUUGCAGGAAUACCCCAAUUAUGUAUUUGUCCUCUUGCUAUACAAAUACACAUACAUACACUUAGCACAACAUGUGUUCGUACACUUGUAUUUUUAAAAUUAUUUCCUUCAUAAAAAUAUAAUCAUUAAUUUUAAAUUUAAAAGAGGUCAAUUUGGAGUGUGUUGACUUUUCUAGGAAGCAGUAGAAAAACUGAGUGUACGAACAAAUGUUGGAUUCACUGUAUAUGUAUAUAUGUAUUCAUGUGCAAAUGCGCUGUUGUGUGCUGCUUGUAUCAAUUAGGCCGUAAUUAGUCUUAAGCCUGCUGUAUUGUUAUUGUAUUUUUUGUACGUCUGUGUCAAUAUAUAAAAUGUACUAAACUAAA